AUGGGCAGUGCUUUCCCAGACGAGUCGAUGGGCAUGGGCCUCGGAAACCAGCGAGUCUUAGCUCAAAUCGAUAAGCUGAGAGAGCUCAAUGUCGGCUCUAUGGUGCCACUUCCUCAGCUCGUUGUCGUGGGUGAUCAGUCUUCAGGCAAAAGUUCUGUCCUCGAGAGCUUGACCGGUUUCUCCUUUCCCCGGGCCACUGAUGCGGAUAAGGAAACCCAGCAGCGUCUGCGCGACUUUCACCAUGUUGUUGAAGACAUUCGCACCGCGGAUUUCGCGGCGAUUUUCGACAAGGCAAACCGUGCCAUGGCCAUCAGACCUAUCUCUACAGAUAAGGACGACGAUGAUGAGAACACCGAGUUCGCUACUUUCAGUGAAGACAUUUUAAAAAUCGAGAUCAACGGUCCAGAUCAGGACCACCUGACCGUGAUCGAUGUUCCGGGCAUUUUUCGAACCGCUACCCCUGGCCAGACAACUGAGAGCGAUAUCCAGCUUGUCAACAAUAUGGUCAAGAACUACAUGAAGGACUCACGAACGAUCAUUCUCGCUGUCAUCCCUUGCAAUGUCGACAUUGCAACUCAGGAGAUCCUCAAGCUUGCGAAAGAUGCCGAUGAAAACGGUGGCAGGACCAUGGGUGUGCUGACCAAGCCGGACUUGGUGGUCGAACAGGCUACUCAGCAGGCAGUUCUCGACUUGAUCCAGGGUAAGCGCAACGACCUCAAGCUAGGGUAUUGUGUAGUCAAAAACCGAGGUGCAGACGAGGACAACGCGUCCCUUGCUGUGAGACACCGAAUGGAGAAGGCUUUCUUCAAGAACGAGCCAUGGUCGCGAGUAUCCUCUUCCGGUAGAGUUGGUAUCGACUCUUUCAAGAAGCGUCUUAGUGAGCUUCUCGUCAAUGUAUCCAAGAGAGAGUACCCCAAGGUCAAAGCUGAGAUUCAGAAGAUGCUCAAUGGUUCUCGCAAAUCGCUUGAGGCAAUGGGUGUCUCACGCGGCGAUGAGACCUCUCAAAGAGCGUUCCUCGGAAGAAUGGCAGCCAAGUUCGAGAAGAUUACAGGAUAUGCUCUCAAUGCAUACUACACCGAGGAUCCAAUCUUUGCCCAAAACUCUUCUAUGAAGCUUAUCACCAGAAUCAUUGAACAAAACGAGCUAUUCGCCAAAACUCUCCGUCUCCGGGGUCAUACCCACUAUUUUGACGAGCCUGCUGAGAAAGCAGUAGAUGAGUCGAAGAAGGAGAUCGGAGAAAAGGGCGACUUUCCCUUUAUUACAGUCGAGAUUGAUGACCUAGCCCUCAACGACCUUCACGACAUCAUUGUCAUGGAUGACUACAAAUGUCCGGAACCGUCCUCAAACUCAAUCAUGAAUCACAUUGACACCGUGUUCAGCGAUAGUCGCGGUCCUGAGUUGGGCACUUUCGGCGGUGCUCUUCUUGGCACCGUCUUCAAGGAACAGUCAAAGAAAUGGGAGCCUCUUGUCUUGUCCCAUGUCAGCAAUGCCAUCCGCACCGUCCAUUCAUUCAUCUGCACACUGCUAGAUCAGAUCUGUUCAGAAGAAGAUGUUCGCAGAGAGCUGUGGGAUAACGUGCUCCUGGAAAAGCUCCAAGAUGCGUACAAGAGAGCGAUGAAGCAUGCGCACUUCCUGCUCGGGAUCGAACUGGACGGCAAGCCGCUGACAGUAAACCACUACUUCGGCACUACCUUGCAGAAGCUCCGCGCGGCUCGCCUGAAGGACGCUCUCGGUGUCGUGGCGGUCGAGAAUUCUGAGGGUCGAUGGGUUGACCUUAACUCGCUGAACAAUCUCACCAUGAACAAGGGAAAUCCACAGCAGGUUCGCGAGGAUCUCCACGACAUUCUCAAGAGCUAUUACAAGGUUUCCCUGAAGCGAUUCGUCGACGUCAUUUGUCAGCAGGUGAUUGACCACUUCCUCCUCAACGGCAAAGACAGCCCCCUGAACAUCUUCAGUCAGGCUCUAGUGCUCCAGUUGAACCCUACUCAGCUGGAGAUGAUUGCUGGCGAGGAGGCUGCUACGAAGCAGCAGCGGGCGAACUUGGCGCGGGAGAUUGAGAAUCUUGGAGCUGCCAUGAAGGUCCUGCGUGGCUAA